AUGAAGCCGUCUAUCCUCUCACUCCUCUCGGUGUCUUCAGCAUUGGUUUCUCCCUCGUCCAGCGCCCCAGAAUGGCAGUUCAACCUCAAAGCUCAGUCGUCCGGCAUCGUCGCCCUCGAGUCGGUGAUCGUCAACCCCAACCUUGCGCUCUGGUUCGACCGUCCAUCCAACGACCCUCUCCAGAUCGACAACCACUCCGCAUGGGGCGCUCUUUUCAAUCUCCAGACGGCCGAGGUCACGGCCUUGAACGUCAUCACCAACUCCUUCUGUGGUAGCGGUGCUUUCCUGAGCAACGGCACGAUGGUUAGCAUUGGUGGAGACCAGAUGGGAUUUCCCGGGAACCCAAUCAUCAAGCCCGGGACUCAGGCAAUCCGUCUCUUCGAUCCAUGCGCAUCGCUCACGGGAGAGGGAUGCACUCUCUUCGAGGAUCCUAACCUCAUUCUAAUCGAGAAGCGGUGGUACCCCUCGACUGCGCGCAUCUUCGACGGCAGUCUCAUCAUCGUCGGGGGUAUGCACGAGGAGGCGGCUUUCUACAACAUUGAUCCGGCCAACAGCUUCGAGUUCUUCCCUCGUAAGGAGCAGACCGCCCGCCCGUCUGCUUUCCUGGAACGGAGUCUGCCUACGAACCUGUUCCCUCGCAUUCUCGCCUUGCCCGAUGGCUCCGUCUUUAUGGUGGCCAACAACCAGUCGAUCAUAUAUGACGUCGAGACCGACACGGAGACCAUUCUCCCUGAUAGCCCGAAUGGCGUCCGCGUCUCCAACCCGACAGACGGCUCUGCCAUCCUUCUACCCCUCUCCCCACCCGACUUCACUCCCGAGGUCCCAGUAUGCGGGGGCUCAAACAUGGAUGACCGUACCCCCGAACAGAACCUUUCCAGCCAACACCCCGCAAGUUCCCAGUGCUACCGAAUCACCCUCACACCCGAGGGUAUUGCCAAGGGCUGGGAGAUCGAGCACAUGCUCACGAACCGCACCCUGCACGAGCUCGUUCACCUCCCCAACGGCCAGAUCCUCAUCGCGAACGGCGCGGCGACCGGCUUCGCCGGUAUCGGGGGCGUCGCGGACCCUGUCGGGACGUCCGACUCGGAUCACGCCGUGCUCGUGCCCGAUCUCUACACGCCGUCCGCACACCAAGGGAGGCAGUUCAGCAACGACGGCAUGCCAAGUUCAGGGAUCGCGCGCGUGUACCACUCCAGCAUCACCCUGACGCCGCAGGGCAACUUCCUCAUCGCAGGGAGCAACCCGAACGGGGGGAGCAACUCCACUGGACCAGGCAUCAAGUUCCCGAGAGAGUUCAGGGUGCAAACGCUCGACCCCCCGUUCAGGUUCGUUGAACGACCGAAGAUUCUUAGCGCUCCCCAGAAGCUCGCAUUCGGCAGCAGCGUCACUGUCCCGGUGUCUAUCCCGGACUCUCUCGGUCAUGACACUGCCAAGAUCCAAGCAUCGCUCAUGGACCUUGGGUUCUCCACCCAUGGCUUCCACACCGGUGCACGGCUUGUCUUCAUGAACGCCACCAUCUCAGAGGACAAGAAGUCGCUGACUUUUGCCACGCCUCCGCGUGGUCGGGUUUUCUCGCCUGGCCCUGCCACCGUCUUCUUGACUAUGGACGACGUGUCCAAUGAGGGUGCCUCGGUGAUGAUGGGUAGUGGGAACUCUCCUCCGACUCUGGAGUGA